AUGGAGUCAAAUACUUUUGAAUAUAGUGGAAUUCAAGCUCCUUCAACGGUCGCCACUUUUGAAACUCAUAAUCAACAACCAUUUGAUGAAGAUCGUAAACAUGAUUUUGAUGAAUCUGAAUUACCACAACCAGAUCCUAUUGAAAAUAUAGAACAUGCUUGUGCUUAUUGUGGUGUACAUACUCCAAAUUCAGUUAUUAAAUGUAAUACAUGUAACAAAUGGUUUUGUAAUUCCAAAACUAAUUCAUCAAGUUCUCAUAUUGUUACUCAUUUAGUUAUGUCACGUCAUAAUCAAGUUAGUUUACAUGAAGAAUCAGAUUUAGGUGAUACUACUUUAGAAUGUUAUAAUUGUGGAAACAAGAAUGUAUUUAUGUUGGGGUUUGUUUCAGCAAAACAAGAAUCAGUUGUUGUAAUAUUAUGUCGUUUACCAUGUGCAAGAUCGAAAGAUAUUAAUUGGGAUACAAGUCAUUGGCAAUCACUUAUAGAAGAUAGACAAUUUUUAUCGUGGUUAGCACCUCAACCAACAGAAGAAGCUUUGAUAAAUUCAAUUUUGAUAACUCCACAACAAAUUUCAAAAUUAGAAGCUCAAUGGAGAUUGAAUAGAGAUGCGACGAUUAAUGAUAUUGAGAAUACUGAUGUACAAGAAGAAGAAGUCUUACCGAUAUUGAUGAGAUAUAAUGAUGGAUUCCAAUAUCAAAGAUCAUUUGGACCUUUGGUUAAAUUAGAAGCUGAUUACGAUAAGAAUCUUAAGGAGUCUCAAGCGUUGGAACAUAUUCAAGUCAAAUGGGCAUUGGGGUUAAAUAACAAACAUUUAGCUUCAUUCACUUUGUCAACUUAUGAAACAUCAGAUUUGAAAGUCGCAGUGGGAGAUGAAAUUAUUUUGAGAUACAACGGAAAUCAAAGAGAACCAUGGGAAGGUCAUGGAUUUAUCUUGAGGUUACCAAAUUCAUAUCAAGAAGAAUUUACUUUGGAAUUGAAUGCUUCAAAAAUUGCACCACCGACUAAUUUAACAACUGAUUUCACUGCAGAAUUUGUUUGGAAAGGAACUUCAUAUGAUCGUAUGCAACAAGCUAUGAAGAAUUUUGCAACUGAUGAUGAAUCCGUAUCUUCAUAUUUAUAUCAUAAAUUAUUAGGUCAUGAUGUUGCACCUGUUGAAUUUGAUAUUGAAAUGCCACAAAGGUUUUCACAUCCAAAAUUAACCGAAUUGAAUAUCUCACAAACAAAUGCAGUACGUUCUGUAUUACAAAGACCAUUGUCGUUGAUUCAAGGACCUCCAGGAACAGGUAAGACUGUUACUUCAGCAACAAUUAUUUAUCAUUUGUCACAACUUAACAAAGAGAAAAUUUUGGUUUGUGCACCAUCAAAUGUUGCAGUUGAUCAUUUGGCAUCUAAAUUAGAUUCUUUAGGGUUGAGAGUUGUUAGAUUAACUGCUAAAUCAAGAGAAGAUGUUGAAAGUUCAGUUAGUCAUCUAGCAUUGCAUAAUAUAGUUGAUAAAUCAUCAAAGGGAGAAUUGAAAAAGCUUAUAAAGUUAAAAAAUGAAGUUGGGGAAUUAUCAAUGGAAGAUUCUAAAAACUACAUUAAGAACUUAAGGGCAGCUGAAUUAAAAGUUUUAAGUAAGUGUGAAGUUUUAUGUUGUACUUGUGUUGGUGCAGCUGACAAGAGAUUGGGGCAAUUCAAAUUUAGAACUGUUUUAAUUGAUGAAAGUACUCAGGCAUCUGAACCUGAAGUUUUAAUUCCAAUUGUUAAAGGUGCAAAACAAGUUAUUUUAGUUGGUGAUCAUCAACAAUUAGGUCCUGUUAUAUUAGAUAGAAAAGCAGCAGAUGCAGGUUUAAAACAGUCACUAUUUGAAAGAUUAGUAUUUUUGGGUCAUGUUCCAAUUAGGUUAGAAGUUCAAUAUAGAAUGCAUCCAUGUUUAUCUGAGUUUCCAAGUAAUAUGUUUUAUGAAGGUUCUUUACAAAACGGUGUAACUAGUGAAGAUCGUUUAGUUGAUGAAGCAAUGUUUCCAUGGCCAGUAUUAGAUACUCCAAUGAUGUUUUGGGCAAAUUAUGGUAGAGAGGAAUUAAGUGGUAGUGGUAAUUCUUAUUUGAAUAGAGUGGAAGCAAUGAAUGUUGAAAGAAUUAUUACUCGUUUGUUCAAAGAUGGUAUUAAACCAGAACAAAUUGGAGUUAUAACUCCAUAUGAAGGUCAACGUGCUUAUUUGGUUCAAUUUAUGUCUAUGAAUUCAACUAUCUUGGAUAAACGUGAUGAUUAUUUAGAAGUUGAAAUUACCAGUGUUGAUGCUUUCCAAGGUCGUGAAAAGGAUUUUAUUAUUUUAAGUUGUGUUAGGGCAAAUGAUUCACAAAGUAUUGGGUUUUUAAGUGAUCCAAGAAGAUUGAAUGUUGCAUUGACCAGGGCAAAAUAUGGUUUGUUAGUUUUGGGUAAUCCAAGAGCGUUAUGUAGAAAUAAAUUAUGGAAUCAUUUAUUAAUUCAUUUUAGAGAAAAGGGGUGUUUGGUAGAUGGACCUUUAGAUAAUUUACAAUUGUCAAUGGUUCAAUUAAACAAUUAUACUGCUAGGGAAACAAAAACCAACAAAAAGGGUUUUGGAGCACCAUCAACUACUUUUUCAUCAACAAAUUUUGAUUCAGCAAGUAUGAUAAGUCAUAGUAAUAGUGGUAUGAAAUCAAGUAAAAAUGGAACAGUUAAAAAAUUGAAUAAUGAAUUAUGGCCCUCAUUAAAUGGUAAAACUGAAUAUUUUGAUAAUUCAAAUUCAAUAAGUGCUAAUUUUUACUCAAAAUUGAAUAAAUUAGAUAAAAAAUAUGAUGGUGGAAGAUAUCAAGGUGAAAAUAUUGAAGAUGAUAUUAAAUCUAUUACCUCCUCAUUUGCAGCUGGAUUAAAUUUUUAA